UAUCAGUUCAGUGCAGACUACAGCAGCGGAGAGAGUGGAGAAAUGUCUCUUUUGACUGCCACUGUGUGCUGGCUUCUGGCUGGAUUCUGUGGACUAACUUUGCUUCCUGUUACAGAUGCUGCUACCCCAGUCCUCCAGAUUAUCCAGAAGCCCCGGUUCUACGGCGUGAUGACUGGAAAGAAAGUGGCUAUUUAUUGCAAGGCUUACAACCAGACAAACCUCCACUGGUCGGCCCGCUGGCACAAAGCCUCCAAGUACGACUCAGAGAAGAUGCCGAUACAGCCUGGAGAGAGGAUCAAGUUUCGUCACAUAAACAAGAUGCAAAACAGUAUCCUCAUAAUCUCGGAUUUACGAAGAGGGGACCAGGGAGUGUACUUCUGUGAGAUCAACAAGGUGUCUGGACCAGGGACCGAAGUGCAAGUGGCCAGUCCUGUAAAUCUUCCCAAUGUCUUAUAUCGGAGCCAGGUGAAGGAUGGACUCAUAAUUUUACAAGCUCUGCUGUUGGCUAUGUUCAUUGCUGCCUUCAUAUUUCGCAAAAAGACACUGGCUUUAAAGCAAGAUGACAUCUAUGAAGAGCCUGAAGUGGACCAUAUUUAUGAGGGUUUGGCGAUUGAAACUUGUGGAGGAGGAGACUUGUAUGAGGAGAUCUCUGUUUACGCCCAGCCGGAGGGAGCAGAGGCCCCAUGGGAGUAAAAGAUAAAAACAGCACAGUUUUACUCUUGAGUGAUGAACUGUGAAAUAGACCAUGAAUGAGUAGGUGAAGAUAGAGCACAAGAAUGUCUUUAUUACUGCAAUGUUCGUUCAACGUGCCAUUAGUUUGAGUACACAGACAUUUACAGCACAAUACAAACGCUUCAAGAUGCAUCGUGUAACUUUUCUGGUGAAGGGUCCAUCAAUUUUCUCUGUGGAGAUAUUAUUGCUUUGUCUGGAAUGUUUCACAGUAUGACAUUAAUCCCUUUUAUCAUGAGGCCAAAUCAGACCAAGUUACAGGGCAGAUCUGUGGAGAGGCGACCCCACUCACAGUCAGAAUGCCUGUUUUUUUUUUAGGUAUUUUUGAGCUAUAAAACCACCUGUAAUUUAAUAAGAGUGAGUUAGAGCUGUUUAAUGGUGUACUGUGGAACAUUCCAGACAGAGCAAUGACAUACUGUAUCUACAGAAACCAGCAGGUUAUGGACCCCCAACCAAAAAGUUACACAGUGCACCUUUAAGUUGAUGUCUAACUUUUUCCUUUCUUUUCUCUAAUUCUGUUAAUUUUUUAUGGUUUAUGCUUUUUUCUUCCUUUACUAAAUAUACAGAAAGUAUAAUUAAGACAAUAAUUAUUCAAAUGCUAUAUAAAAAUGCUAAACGGGAUAUGACAGUUGAAUUGUUUUACAUCCCUCAUUCGAAAGGGAAGUUUGCAAGGGGCUUAUCCGUUACUUAUGUUCUCAGGGGCUCCUUGAAUUUUGUUUGCAUUGUUUUAUUGCAUUGUUUUGCAUCGUUUUGUUUUCAUUGUUCCAACAUGAGAUUCAGUGAGGGGAAUUCAGCACAUUAAGAGUCUCUGCAUGAUGGCAGCGCUGGGUUAGUCAGGCUGGUGCCACCUAGUGCCUCCGCUCAAUUUCAUUUCUCUCCAGCGACUAGGUCAGGAAUCAGAAUACACUAGACACUUCGCAAAAACCCCGGAAGUGCGAGUUUGGGCACCAGCCAAUCAGCGAAGAGCCAUAUAUUCUGCUUUGGCAACAAUUUCAGAGAUCGAGGAAUUAAAGCCGGAACAAAGAGAAUAUUUGUUUAUCGAGGGGAAAGACGUUAUUGCUCUUCUUCUUAUGGGAUUUGGGAAAAGCUUAAUAUACCAGUUAGCCCUGUUAGCAGCGCAUUACACACGUCACGACCAAACAGCCACGACUGGUUAAAUAAAAAAAGUACCCACCUACUGUCGAGUGAACGAAUCUUAAUGCUGUAAGGUCAGACGGUUUCCACAAAGUGAAACCGGCUGAUGAAUCAGGUUAGUGCUAGGCAGGGUCCCAUCAGAAAAUACAUAAGUGGCUUGCCGUACAUUGUAAGACAGGAUCAUAGAUUGUAUAUACAACUCUUCUUUAUAUAGUCUACGGGCAGGACUUCUGGUGUGGGCUGGUAUUAUCCCAGAGCCUCUGGUGAAUCCCAUGGUGCAGUUUAAAGUGCACAUAUUGCACUGUUUUCUGAUCUAUGUCAUUUCCUCAUCAAAAACAUACCUGGAGUUGUGUUUUGUUUCAUUCACACAUGUUUAACACACAAACCCUGCAUUGCUCCACUGUGUUUUAAACUCCAUACACCUUCACUAGAAUAAUUUGAAUAAUUUCAGACCUAGAAUUGCCAAUCUACUGAACAUAAAGUAAAAGGUAGCUGUUAACUUGAAAACGCUUCAUGACAUCACAAGGUGGAAUCGAUCAUUUUGAUCUCUGGAGAUGUAAACAUACUAAUAAUAAAAGCGGAAAUCAAACAUUUGUGAAUGAAACAAAACACAAUUCGAGGAUGUGUUUGAGGAGGUACAAAUAUUAUAAUACGCCUUAAAGCUCACAAGAGUCAAUUUUGCGUCUAGGACCUUUAAAUGAAGUACCUGCUUAUCUUUUUUGCCAGAAUCUGGAACUUAGGUAGUAGUAAGUAGGACUGAGGUUCUAUUUUUUUGAUACCCACACAUAUUCAGUAUUGUUAUUUUUUUACUCUUUAUUUACUGUAAUGUUGAUGUUUGCUUGAGUAAAAUCAUUUGACUUAA